CGCCUGCAUGAGCGGACUGGCGGUGCCUCUAUAUAUACCCGAGACGUAACAGGUCAAGCCAGAACAAACUCCAACUGGAACUCGUCAGCUUGACAAACAUUAAAGAUACAAAAUGGGAAGCACCGGAACACUGGUAAACAGCUGCUGCUGUGGCUGCUCAUUGCGCACCGGCGCGCUCAUCAUAGCUGCCCUCAGUCUGAUAUAUGGGUUGCUUGGCAUCGCUUACAGCAUUUACAUUAUCGUCGCUGCAGGUGUGGUUGAGGGCUGGCUGGACCUGGCCUUGGCUCUCCUCAACGUCAUCUUCGCCAUCAUCCUCAUUGUGGGUGUACGCCAGUGUCGCCGACGUCUGGUGAUGGCGUGGGUGUGGUCAGCUGUACUGAGUGUGAUUUUGGGCGUUGUGUUGGGCGUCCUCUACGUCAUCCUCACCCAGUCCUUCGUCGUCGCGGUCAUCAUUGGUGCGAUAGCGGCCAUACAAGCUUACUUCGUGGUGGUGGUGCACUCCUUCGCUCUGACCGUAAGUCUUCGCAAGUUGUUAGCGUAUUUUGAUUUGAUUUCAUGAAUGGCAUGGAUGUAUA